CGCUCGUAGAUUGUUUGGCGGGAGAUGACCAGACGUAGAAAUCAUUCUUGGACCUGCAGCAUGUCGGAGAGCAAGGACCAUGCUGCGAGAAUGGAGGCCUUGCGUCGUCAACUCAACGUUACGCCAUCAACUGGACAACCCUCGAAUGCCGACACCGUCUUCCAGCUGCGCGCAGCCAUGGCUAACCAGACUAUCUCGCUACCAACUGUUGGGCACACUCAAGGGUACACAGCAUCAGCCCCACCAUUGCCGCCCCAACAACACCCUUCCGCGGUGUCUGAUAGCGACUUGCAUAUCCAGCUCUUGCAAGCCCAAAUUGCUCAGCUUCAAGCGAACCAAGCGGCAGCGGCAAGAGCUCAAGCCCUCGAAGCUCAGCUGGCGCAGUUGCGCGCGGCCCCUCCUGUAGUCGCCCAACCGCCAGCAACCCCCAAUCUGGAGCUAAUUUUGGCGCUCUUGGCCGGCCAACCUGCCCCAGCUAGCGUACCAGCCCCGGCACUGAGUCUCGAAGCUCAACUAGCGCAGUUGUUGGCGCCGCCACCACUCGCCCAACCCCAAGUGCAACCCAACAACGUCGAGUUGCUUCGGGCUCUUUUGGCAAGCCAAGCCACCCCAGCCACUGCGCAACCCCAAGCACUAGGUCUGGAGGCCCAGCUCGCACAGCUGUUGGCAGCUCAGUCUCGCAACGUUUCUGGCCACUCCCAAGUCGCUCCAAAACCAGCAAAAUCACCGACCUUACCAGCCCAUGCUCCAUUGUGCACGUUUUACCAGAGUGCCCGAGGCUGCCACUACGGAAGCGAGUGCAAACGUCGGCACGACCAGCCUGGGGGGAAUAAUACGCCCCCAAAACCGCAGCCCACAAAACACCCAAGCAAGCUUUGCGGAGGCAAACCUGCCAAAGCCGACAUUUGUCCGUUUUUCAACGCCCCAGGGGGGUGCACCUUCAGCGCCGACAAGUGCAAAAAACUCCACAUCGUGGACCCGAAAGCUCAAGCUAUUCGGGAGCAGGAGGUGGCGUCGUUUGCAGCCACGCAAAGCGACUUGCGGGCCAACGUCGAGCGUGUGCGCCAAGAAAUGAAGGCUGCUUACGAUCAAGCCAAUCGGUUGGACCUGGUGAUCGUCAUGGACUGCACCAGCUCCAUGGGCCCGUGGAUCAAAUCUGCCAAGGACGCUGUCACGAGCAUCAUCACCAACAUCCAAGUCGACCACCCCAAUGCCAAUGUGCGCGCGGGGUUCGUGGGGUACCGCGAUUACGCCAGCUACACGCACGCCCCGCUUCGCGUCGAGUCGCACGCGCUGACCACCAACAUCCCAGACGUACAUGCGUUUAUCUCGACGUUGCAGGCUUGCGGGGGGCGUGGCAACUUUGCCGACAUCCCAGGAGGUAUCGCAGAAGCUCUCGAUAUGCCGUGGGAAUCCGACGCCAAAGUGAUGAUCCUUGUGGGCGAUGCCCCGUGUCACGGACAGUUGUACCACGACCGGUACACUGGCACGAUGGACCCGUCCACACCGUGCAUUCAAGAGCAAAUGCGCACGAUUGCUCGUCGUGGCAUUGACUUUCGGUUCAUUGAGAUCCAGCCAGAGAACACGGCAAAAAUGGUCGCGAUUUUGCAGGCCGAGUAUAUGUCGACUUUGGCAAGCGACGGGUUGGCGAGAUCGUUUGCGACCGUGUCGCUGGCCGCGUCCGGUGACGUGGUCAAGUUUGGAGACGUCGUGCGGCAGAUCAGCACGGCGUCGCUGACUGCGAGCAAGUCGCGCAGCGUGAUUUCGACCGCGAGGCAAGUCUCGACCAAAGGAUCGACGACUGCGACGCUCGUGAAAAUCGGCGAAGACGACGAAGCUGACGACGACGAUAGUGACAACGACGAUGACGCCAAUAAGUCGAGUCCUAAAAACGGAGGGGUCAAAGCCGAGUGGGCGCCCCCGACGACGGUGGAACCGCUGUCGUGGCCACUCGUGGAAGCAUGCCCUGAGAUUGCCGCGUUUCGCUACUGUGUCAUGAUUCGGUUAGAAUGCAACAACCUGUCCAACCCAGUGACCAUCACGACCAAACAACCGACCACGAUCAAGUUGGUGUCGACACCAUUUGCCAAGGGCGCCAUGCGCACCGCCCACGGCAUGCAGGACACAAAGCUCGGUUUGAACCUCGUGGCGAAAUUUUACUUUGGGACGGCGGCGACGAUGGACCACCACGUCCGCCAAGACGUCGAAAUGCACGCGAUUUCAAAACGGUUAGCCAAGGAAUUCUCCAAGUCCAAGCAUGUUGAGACGGGCGUGGAUUUUAUCACGACGUGCUGGUACGAAGUCAAGGGCCGGCCGCUGUUCACGGCCGAGCCGUACAUUCCAGGGGACUAUACAAAGUACAACAACAACAGCGGAUGGGUGGGCGGCGAUGACCAUGGUACUGCUGCCGCCACCGCCAACGACAGCCAAGUGGCCACAGCCCAAGCAUUUUCCCACUUUACGUACCAGCACACCAAGGGGCAACUCAUGAUUGUGGACUUGCAAGGCGUCGGGUCGAUCUUCACAGAUCCUCAGAUCCACUCGUUGGAUGCAACCAAAUAUGGCCAUGGCAACUUGGGCCAGGCUGGCAUCACGAGCUUCUUUGCCACGCACAAGUGCAAUCGAGUUUGCCGCGCUUUACAUCUGACACCAUUUGACAACAGCCCCGUCGACGCAUCCCAAUUGCAAGACGACGAAGCUGGUGUUGGUGCGACCCCUGCUGCAGACAAGACCAUGACAUGCAGCUGUGGGCUUUGCGGUGGCAUCUUUACCAUGUUUCAUUCGGGGUUUGUGGCCGAAAUAAACCAGUACCCAGACGUGCAUUGCCCGACCUGCAAGCUCGAGUACGACAAAUCCAAAACGUCCAUCGCGUGCCUAGAAUGCGGCAAAGCCAAGACGUAUUCGCUGUAUUGGUACAAGAUGAAAGGAAUGUCCACGCCCAAAUAUUGCAGCAAAGUGUGCAAAGCCGCCAAAGAACCCACGAAGAAGCCGCCAAGAUCUCGGCCGUGGCAGAAGGUCGUGUACCUCGCGAUUGAGGCGGCGAAACAACCGGACGGGUGGUCCCUACUCGCUUCUGUGGGCAACAAGUUCAAGCAGAUCGACCCGACAUUUUCCGCCAAAGAUCACGCGGCGAAUCUCAUGGAGCUGCUGCGCAGCCUCCCAAACGUUGAAAUUCGUGAAAAUGCCGUCGCCCCAGGCGUCGCUGCGAAUUAUUCGGCGCGACUCAAAUAGAUUGGGGUAAUGUGAUUGAAUACAUACAUUUGCAUGCCUUGUCAGCCAUCAAGCAGCCGUCCAAUUGUACGGUGUGACUAACUCAUGCCCUUUGUCGUCCCCCA